AUGGCCCGCGGGAAGGCCAAGGAUGGUGACGGCAACUGGAAGAAAUUUAUCUGGAACUCGGAGAAGAAGGAGCUGCUGGGCCGCACUGGGGGCAGCUGGUUUAAGAUCCUCCUCUUCUAUGUCAUCUUCUAUGGGUGCCUGGCAGGUAUAUUCAUUGGAACCAUCCAAGUGAUGUUGCUCACUGUCAGUGAAUUUGAGCCUAAAUACCAGGAUCGAGUGGCACCUCCAGGACUGACUCAAGUUCCCCAGGUUCAAAAGACAGAAAUUGCCUUUACUGCCUCUGAACCCAGAAGUUAUGAACCCUAUGUGAGGAACCUUGAUAAUUUCUUAAGGGACUACAGUGCUGAGCAACAAACUGAAAACAUUGUGUUUCAGGACUGUGGAGACACACCUACUGAAUACAAAGAGAGAGGACCAUAUAAUGAUGCCCAGGGCCAGAAGAAGGUCUGCAAAUUCAAACGUGAAUGGCUGGAAAACUGUUCUGGAUUAAAUGAUCCCACCUAUGGGUACAAGGAUGGCAAACCAUGCAUCCUUGUCAAACUCAACCGAAUUAUUGGCUUCAAACCUCAGGCUCCAGUCAAUGAAAGCCUCCCUCCUGAGGUCAUGGCAAAAUACAACCCAAAUCUCAUCCCUGUCCACUGCGUUGCCAAGCGAGAGGAGGAUGCAGACAAGAUCGGCACGGUGGAGUAUUACGGGAUGGGUGGCUAUCCUGGCUUCGGGCUGCAGUACUACCCCUACUACGGGAAGCUGCUGCAGCCACGGUACCUGCAGCCACUGGUGGCUGUGCAGUUCACCAACCUGACCUAUGACAUGGAGGUGCGUGUGGAGUGCAGGGCCUAUGGGCAGAACAUCGUCUACAGUGACAAGGACCGCUUCCAGGGACGCUUUGAUAUUAAAUUUGACAUAAAAAGCAGCUGAUUGUAAGCACAACUCUCUUCCUCCCCCCCUCCUCCUUCUAGCCAUUUAAAAAGGUUAAA